CGUUACUCUUGUUACCUACCCGCGGCAUUUUUCACAGUAUCUCGCCGAUAUUCGACCAGCGUGUACACGUAAUUGUCACGUCGACAUUAAUCGGUCGAGUUUUGUUACCGUACGGCAAAAACACAGCAGUCAAUUUUCCUACGGCCCGGUUUUGUGCAUCUUUGUACAUGAAUCGAUGCAAAUAGCGCGCAAAUUCAGAAUAAUGUUUUAUUUGUCGCAUGAUAGUUCUUCGAACGUAUUCAUUGGCUACAAGAUGAAGAAGUAGAUUAUUAGAUCUAGAAGAAUACACCAAUAACACCGAAACUCACUCAACUAUUAAGUUCCUGAAUGCGACCAAUGAGAGCAUCCAGAUGCAUCAAUUGAUCACGGAACAGUUAAAUGUUAAAAAUGAUUGGUUCUCAUCUUUGGAGCCUACCAAUCAUUUUCAACUGCUACUUAGCCAUUCAGUUAAAACACGUGUUCGCUACAGAGAGGCUUUCUUUUCGAACGUGAUUGACAGUUUCAAUCUGAAGAAGCAAGAUUAAAAUGAACUAAUCAUCGAGAACUGUUUUGACUAUUUGUGCUUAUUUACGCCAAGAUCAAGCAUGGUGAAAGAACAGUUCAGGGAGGCAAAUGUUGCCAGCAAAGUCUCCCAUAUAUCGUUUGGAGUGGACAGCAUGAUUGACAUGCACAUGCAAGCCAAUGUACAGGUGGUCUCUAACAAUUUAUACAAUGAGGAUGCAACACGCACUCCAGCUCUGCAUGGAGUGCUUGACAGGCGCAUGGGAGUGAGUUCUAUGGGAGCCGAUUGUGAAACAUGUGGUAAAAAGCUAAGUGACUGUGUAGGACACUUUGGAUACUUGGAUCUAGAAUUACCAGUCUUUCAUAUUGGCUACUUCAGAUCAAUCAUCCAAAUUUUGCAGACAAUUUGCAAGAGAUGCGGUUGUGUUCUGCUGACGCCUGAGGAAAGGAAACCUUAUCAGCGCAAAAUAGAAAAUCCAAAUUUAGGAUACUUAGUGCGUAAAUCGUUACGUAAACAAAUCUGGGAGAAAGCGAAGAAGAAGACGGAAUGUCCGUAUUGUAAAGCAAAUAACGGCCCUGUGAAAAAGGCUGGCUUUCUCAAGAUUAUACAUGAGCAGUACAAAAAUUUAAAGAAAACAGAUCCUAUCAUUCAAGAGAAGUUGGCUGAGUUGAACCCAAAAAUGGAACGUGACAAAGAAUAUAAAAAUAUAGUAGAACAAAACUAUAGAUGUUUAUUUGAUCAAUAUCUAUAUCCAAACGUGGUUCAAGAACUUUUCAAUAGAAUUCCAACAGGUGAUAGGUGUCUAUUGUUAAUGAAUCCCAAUCGCACAUCACCAGCAGAUUUAAUACUGACGAGGGUGCCUGUCCCGCCAAUUUGUAUUAGACCUAGCGUUUUAUCUGACCUAAAGGCUGGUACAAAUGAAGAUUAUCUGACAAUGAAAGUGUCAGAAAUAGUUAUUAUCAAUGAAACUAUUCGCAGGCAAAAAGGUGUUAAUAUAAAUAUGUACAUGGAACACUGGGAUUUUCUUCAACUCCAUUGUGGUCUUUACGUUAAUAGUGAAAUCUCUGGAAUACCUGUAGGCUUGCAACCUAAAAAGCAUGGCAGAGGUAUUGUACAAAGAUUGAAAGGGAAACAAGGUCGUUUCCGAGGUAAUUUAUCUGGCAAACGUGUUGAUUUUACUUCUCGCACAGUAAUUUCGCCCGAUCCGAAUCUCAGAAUAGAUCAGGUUGGCGUACCUAUACAUGUUGCAAAAACUUUAACAUAUCCGGAAAGGGUCAUUCCAUCAAAUAUAGAACUAUUGCGGAAAUUAGUUAGAAAUGGUCCGGAUAUACACCCAGGAGCAAACUAUGUACAAUAUAAGAGCUCGCAAAACAGGCGAUAUCUUAAAUAUGGCAAUCGAAAUAAAGUCGCUCAAGAUUUAGAGUUUGGCGACAUUGUCGAAAGGCACCUCAAAGACGAUGACUUAGUACUGUUCAAUCGACAACCGUCUUUGCACAAAUUAAGCAUAAUGACACACAGAGUCAAAGUAAUGGAACAUCGAACAUUCAGAUUCAAUGAAUGCGUCUGUACACCAUAUAACGCUGAUUUCGAUGGUGACGAAAUGAAUUUGCAUUGUCCACAAACUGAAGAAGCCAGAGCGGAAGCAUUGGUUUUACUAGCGAAUAAAUCCAAUUUAGUUACACCUCGUAAUGGUGAGCUGUUGAUAGCAGCGACGCAGGAUUUUAUCACCGGUGCUUAUCUUUUGACGCAGAAGGACUUGUUUCUCGAGAGAGAACAAGCUAGAUUAGCUCUUUGCCUCUUAGCCGGUCCAGAUGCUUCUAUGAUCGUAACUCUUCCUCCGCCUGCGAUAAUGAAGCCGGCGAAACUGUGGACUGGCAAACAAAUAUUCAGUUUGAUUAUACGACCGAAUAUGGAAUGUAAUAUAAAAGCAAAUCUAAAAACAAAGUGCAAGACAUAUACCGAAAACGAGGAAUUCUGCAUUAAUGACGGCUAUGUUAUCAUUCGCAACUCCGAGCUUCUAGCGGGAACAAUGGAUAAAUCAGUACUGGGUUCAGGAUCGAAACAAAAUAUAUUUUACAUUUUGCUACGCGAUUGGGGUGAAGAUGUUGCAAUCGCAGCUAUGUGGCGUUUAACUAGAAUAACGAAUCAUUUUAAUUUUGAUAAAGGAAUUUCUCUUGGUAUCGGUGAUCUUAUACCUAGUCAAGGUCUUCUCAAAUCCAAACACAUACUGUUAAAAGAACAUUACGGCAAAUGUAAUGGCUAUAUUAAAGAAAUGGAAGAGGGCCGUCUCGUUUGUCAACCUGGAUGUUCAGAAGAGGAAACACUAGAAACGAAAAUAUUGAAUGAACUUUCGGUAAUCCGUGAGCUUGUUGGUAAAGAAUGCCUAAAAGAAUUGCAUCGUACCAACACUCCUCUCAUUAUGGCACUCUGCGGGAGUAAAGGCAGUUUCAUUAACAUCUCUCAAAUGAUUGCUUGUGUAGGUCAGCAAGCUAUCAAUGGACAUAGAGUGCCGGAUGGAUUCGAAAAUCGUGCUUUACCUCAAGUUGCGGCACGAUUAAAGACACCGGAUGCUAAAGGCUUUGUGGAAAAUUCAUUUUAUUCUGGAUUAGUGUCCAAAGAAUUCUACUUUCAUGCAAUGGGCGGUCGGGAGGGUCUCACAGAUACCGCUGUGAAAACUGCGGAAACAGGAUAUAUGCAGAGACGAUUGAUCAAGAGUUUAGAAGAUCUGUGUAUCCAUUACGACAUGACUGUGCGGAAUUCCAUGCACGAUAUUAUACAGGUUCCAUAUGGCGGAGAUGGAUUGGAUCCUACGUAUAUGGAGGGUAAAGACUGUCCUGUGGAUUAUUCAAGAGUGUAUGAUCACGUAAGAGCGAAAGAGCCACAUAAAAAUGAAGAGUCUUUAAGUGCUGCUAAUGUGAUGAAUGCUACAAAUGAAAUGCUAUCCUCUGAGGAAUAUGAUUGCCUGAGUGACGAAUUCAAAAAGGCAUUGACCACAUUCCUGCAUGAUUCGGUGGCGGCAAAGAUAGCGCAUUUUAGGAGAAACAUUAAAUCAAAUGUGCCGGUGGUCUCACAACUCGAACGUUUCACCGUUUCACAAUUGGUAGAAUUUAUUCACACAUGUAAGGAGAAGUAUAUGAGAGCUAGGAUAGAACCGGGUACUGCUGUAGGCGCGCUUGCUGCACAAAGUAUCGGCGAACCGGGGACUCAAAUGACACUCAAAACGUUUCACUUCGCCGGUGUAGCGUCCAUGAACAUCACGCAGGGUGUGCCGCGUAUUAAGGAAAUUAUUAACGCUAGUCCAAAAAUUAGUACUCCUAUUAUAACAGCGACUUUGGUCAAUCAAAAAGAUCCCGAGUUUGCCGAGCGAGUGAAGGCAAGAAUCGAGAAAACAACUCUGGGAGAUGUAGCUGAAUAUAUUGAAGAAAUAUAUUUGCCCAAGGAUCAUUUCCUUAGAAUAAAGUUUGAUACCGAUAGGAUUAAAUUGUUGAAAUUAGAAAUUAAUCUUAUAUCUGUAAAGCAAAAAUUCCUUGCUUCAAAACUCAAGCUAACAGAGCAGAAUAUAACGGUGGAUACAAUCAAAUCUACUAUUGAGAUUCGACCAAGUCGACAUAAGGACAGUUCAAAUUUUCCAUUUCGUCAAUUGAGAGAGACCAUUCCAAAUAUUGUAAUAAAGGGCUUGCCUUCAGUUAAUAGAGUGGUUGUACAUAAUGAAAAUCUUGAUAAAACGAAUACAUAUAAAUUAUUUGUAGAAGGUGAUAAUUUUAGAGAAGUUAUGGCAACACGUGGCGUUAACGGCGAGAAGACGACAUCGAAUAAUACUAUAGAAGUUUUCAAAACGCUCGGAAUAGAGGCAGCGAGAACAACCAUCAUGUUAGAAAUUAAAUCAGUAAUGGAAAAUCACGGAAUUAGCAUUGAUCAUCGGCAUUUAAUGCUUUUGGCAGAUUUAAUGACUAGCAGAGGGGAAGUGCUUGGUAUUACGAGACAAGGUUUAGCAAAAAUGAAAGAAUCAGUUUUAAACUUGGCAUCGUUUGAGAAAACGGCGGAUCAUCUAUUUGAUGCGGCUUAUUACGGACAAAAAGACAUUAUCUGUGGCGUAUCGGAAUCAAUCAUAAUGGGCAUUCCAGUUCCAUUGGGCACGGGAAUUUUCAAACUGCUUCAUAAAGCGGAUAAAGACGAACCGAUUAAAAAGGAAUUACUGUUUGACAAUCCACAGUUUCACAAGCCACUUCAUCUUGGAAAACGAUUUCAACGAACGCGACCGCGUCCAACAUUGCAAGUUUAGUGUUGAUAAAAUUUUACAUUUAAUGACAAGAAAAAAAGAGUUUUUAUUAAUAAUUUAUAAUAUCCUUUCAUUGUAUAAUUAUAUUAAUUCUUGUAUGAUUACAUCAUGUCUAAACUUAUUUAAAUUUAUAUCUAUGAUUAAAGCAAGUGUAAAAAAAGAGCAUUAUACAUGUAUCUUUUUUGAUAAAGUAACGUGUAUCUUGUAUCUGUGGUAUGAAUACAUCCUGAAGUAUAUUCUUAUUUCAUGGAAUGUCAAUAAAAGUUUUGUUGCUAGGAGACAA